AUGCUGUUUCUUAAUACCGUCUCGCUAAGGCUCUUCGUGAUUCCGCUUCUUCUUAUUCUUUCCUUCUUACAUGAACUUUUAGUUGGACAACGAGUGUUUCGAGAGUUCCUUCGGUCAGAAUAUAGCGAAGAGAAUAUAAUGUUCUGGACAGCCUGCGAGGACCUGAAGCGAGAAACUAAUCCUGAAGUGGUGGAGGAGAAGGCUCGUCUAAUCUACGAGGACUAUAUCUCUAUCCUUUCGCCAAGAGAGGUGAGUCUGGAUUCUCGGGUUCGUGAGAUUAUCAAUGCAAACAUGAUAGAACCAAGCCCUCAUACAUUUGAUGAGGCGCAGAUUCAAAUAUACACGCUGAUGCAUCGAGACUCUUAUCCUAGGUUCCUUAACUCGCGUAUCUACAAGGAUCUGAUGAAGCAGGUCAAGGACACCGAGCUCUAG